AUGUCGCAGGUGAUGUCCAGCCCCCUGCUGGCAGGAGGCCACGCAGUCCGCUUGGCUUCCUGUGAGGAGCCCAGGAGGGUCCUGCACCCAGCACCCAACCCUAACCUGCCACCCCAGUGUCCUUACUACACUACAGAGGGCUGGGGAACCCAGGCCCUGAUGGCCUCCAUGCCCUGCAAGGAGCCCCCCAACAGGCUCCAGCAGGCCCCACAGGCUGGAGCCAAAGCCAGCUGCCUCCUACGGUCCCCUGGUGAGCAAACCUCAGGGGCCCUGGAGGAACUUGAUGCCUACAUUGACUUAUCACUGGAGAGCCUCAACCAGAUGAUUCUGGAACUGGAUCCCACCUUCCAGCUGCUCCCCCGAGGGACUGGUGACCCAUGGGCUGAGCCCACCCAGAGCACUAUUUCGAGGAAAAAGAAAGAAGAGCCUGAAGCCUUGGAUAUAAAGUACAUCGAGGUGACCUCCACCACAUCAAGGUGUCACGAUGGCCCCCAGCACUGCUCCAGCCCAUCAGUCACCCCGCCUUUUGGCUCCCCACGCAAUGGCGGCCUCCUCCUUUCCAGAGACGUCCCCCGAGAGACUCGGAGCAGCAGCGAAAGCCUCAUCUUCUCUGGGAGCCAAGGCGUUGGGCACCAGCGCCCUCCUCCCCCAGCCGGGGCUCCAUCCUCUCAUCCCCCGCCCUCACCCAGCAUCUUCAUCCCUUGCACAAGGAGCAAGACCUCGGGCCCCCAUGGCUUUGGUUCCCCACUGGUGGCUUCUCCAGGCUUGGAGAAGGGGCUGGGAGGCCCAGCCACACAGCGGGGAAGCCAGGUCUCCGUGGUGUCAGCCAGCCCAGCGACUGAUGUCAGCUACGUGUUCGGAAGCAGCCAAUCCCUCCUCCGCUCCAGCAUCUCCAGCCAUCAGUCUUCUUCUAGGUCCUUGGAAAGCCCUGCCAGCUCUUCCUCCAGCCUCCACAGCCUUGGCCCAGCGUCCCUGUGUACGAGAGCCAGUGACAACCAGGUCCCCAGCAAUGUCACCCCAAGCAUGGGCCAGCCCAGAGCAACCUGUUCUCCACCACUGGCCAAGGAGCAUGCCAGCAGCUGUCCCCCAUCCAUCGCCAACUCCAUGGUAGACAUACCCAUCGUGCUGAUCAAUGGCUGCCCAGAACCAGGGUCUCCCUCACCCCAGCGAACACCAGGACACCAGGAUUUUGUCCGACCUGGAGCUGCUUCUGCCAGCAACCCUUGUCCAGCCACCAGGAGUCACAGCCAGACCCUGCCAGAUGCCUCUCCCACCGCAUCCCCAGAGG